AUGGCUUGCCGAAUUCAAAGUCCAGGAAACCCGGCAGGUGACGAACACCGAGUCACCGUCGUUGUGAGGGUUGGGGAUCCCGCCGCCUUCGUCGCGAGAUCUAGAGUUCCCAAACUCGCCGUCGUCUCGCCCCUUUGUCGCGAGAAACUCUCCUCUGCAAGUCCCGGAAACGCCACAGACCGUCUUUUGAUUCGCCUCUGCAAAUCCUCGAAAUGGAUCCCUCACUUCCCGAAACUCAACACUGUCGUCGUGAGAGCUUUUCCUCUGCAAAUCCCGGAAGACGACACAGACCGCCGUCUGAGUCUCCUCUGCAAAACCCCGAACGGCACUGAGUCGCCGUCGUCACGAGGGCUGGGAGUCCAUAUGAGCAAAUCACUUGAUGACAUUCUUCCUUUGCUGGAUUUAUUUAAUGAGGUGGAAUUCCAAACAACCUGUGGACAGAUGAUAGAUUUGAUCACCAUGCUUGAAGGAGAGAAGGAUCUUUCAAAGUACUCACUGCCUAUCCAUCGUCGCAUUGUUCAGUACAAAACCGCUUAUUACUCAUUUUACCUUCCGGUUGCAUGUGCUUUGCUUAUGUUUGGUGAGAAUUUGGACGAUCAUGCAGAGGUUAAGAAUAUUCUUGUUGAAAUGGGAAUCUACUUCCAAGUACAGGAUGAUUAUCUGGAUUGUUUUGGUGAUCCUGAAGUGAUUGGUAAAAUUGGGACAGAUAUUGAAGAUUUUAAGUGCUCUUGGUUGGUUGUAAAGGCACUGGAACGUUGUAAUGAGGAGCAAAAGAAAUUAUUACGUGAGAACUAUGGCAAAGCCGAUCAAGCCAAUGUUGCAAAAGUGAAGGAACUUUAUAAAGAGCUCGAUAUCGAGGGUGCGUUUUUGGAAUAUGAGAGCAGUAGCUAUAAGAAGCUAACCAGCGCGAUUGAAGCUCAGCCAAGUAAAGCAGUACAAGCUGUGCUGAAAUCAUUUUUGGGGAAGAUAUACAAGCGGAAGAAGUAGAAACACCAAAAACUAAAGAGGGCUGGAUUAAGUUGGAAUGAUUCUGCUAAUUAUGUGUACAUGCUCUCUUUAGGAAUAAAGAGUAUCUGUAUUUUAUUUAGAAUGUUUAGUUUUUGGUGGUCUUGCUCUGGCUUUCAAGUUUUCCAAAUUUUCUAUAUGUCCGCUAAUUAUGCAUACACUCUUAAAUUGAUUGCCUUAGUUUCAAUCUGA